AUGGCGGGCCUGCAGAUGAGCGUGACGCUGGCCGAGCUCGACGCCAUCGAGGUUGACGAGGCCACCAUCGAGGGGACUGCGGCGGCUGGGGCUGACAGCAGUGCCGGAAUGCCCAAGCGCCAGGCUGUUGCCGUUGCCCCCCCGCCGGGCUCAGGCGACUCCACCGGAAGGGCGCUGCAGGCUUCAUCGGGACCGCCCCCGCAGUACUUCACGCUAUCGGGCCAGUUCUUCCAGAACUGGCACCAGCAGGAGGUUCUUGCGCACUUCGACCUGGUGGCGGCUGCCUUGGCUAGCACUCCGGACGCGCCCAAUGGUGUGGCGGAGUGCUGCAGGAACUGGACUGCGUUUCGUGUCGUUCUGAUCAAGCUGGGCUACGCGUCGGCCUCCUCUGACCCCUGGAAAACAAUGGCCUGGUGCCUUCGGCGCAGGCCUUUGCGGCCCGUGAGCGCACGGCAACACAGCGGUACGCACUUGGGCAGAAGGCGGGCUGGACAGCGCAAGACAAGGACGAGACCGCGGUAG